AUGAUCCAAAAGUUGAUUGACGCUGGUGACCUCAAGCAAUAUGUUCAGAAGGAAGAAAUCGAUGACAGGGAAAAACGAAGCAGUCAAGUCCAACUACCCGAGGGUAAUCGAACGCUUAAUACCAAUUCAUGCUCCGAGUCUAACGGCCCCUCUCUGAUUGCCCAGAUAGGAAAAAGACUGAGAAAACAAUUUGAGGACUACUGCGAGAUGUACAAGAUUGACGGAGUCGAAGUUGAUGAGCACGAAGAAUGGAUGAACGCACCGAUGACAUUCGAUGUUGAAGAUGUUGAGGAAUACAUGGAGGACCACAACGAUCCUUUAGUUCUCAUGUUACCGGUAGCAGGAUUCAACGUCAAGAAGAUUUUGAUUGACGGAGGGAGUUCAGUCAACGUUCUGUUUUAUGAUACGUUCAGACGAAUGGAAUUUAAUAAUGAGCAACUGAUGUCUUCUUACUAUACAAUCUAUGGAUUCAACGGCGCACCUACGAAGCUUAUAGGAGACAUUGUGUUAGAAGUAAAGGCAGGCCCGAUGAAGAUCGAAACCCGAUCACUGUGGUAG